AGUGACAACCAGCUAAGUGGUAACAUCCCAGAUUACAUCAAUAUGCUUGGUGAGUUGAGUUAUCUUAUCUUGAAGAACAAUAAUUUUGAAGGUAAGAUCCCAAUUCAAUUAUGCAAGUUGCAGAAAUUGAGCUUGAUUGAUCUAUCUCAGAACCACCUUUCUGGCCAUAUACCCUCUUGCCUAAAUAUUACUACUUUUGAUGAGGCAAACAAAGUUGAUCUAUUUAUUCCUUCAGCUUCUGCUGCAUCUUCUCCUCCUGCUCCUCCUGUUGCGUAUUCUCCUCUUGCUCCUCCUGUUGCAUCUUCUCCUUAUCCUUCUCCUCAUGCUGAAUCUCCUUCGCAAACUGGUUCUAAAGAUGAUGAACCAGUGUAUUUCACAACAAAGAAUGUGAUGUAUUGUUAUAAGGGAAGACUUCUCACCUACAUGUCUGGAAUAGACUUGUCCUGCAACAAACUGACCGAUGAAAUUCCUCAUGAAAUCGGGCACCUCAAUAAGAUUCAUGUGCUAAACUUGUCUCAUAAUUUCUUUGUUGGUCAAAUUCCAUCUACAUUUUCUAAGCUUGACCAAAUCGAGAGCUUGGAUCUUUCCUACAACAAAUUGAGUGGGAAUAUUCCUCCACAACUUGUUCAACUGCAUUACUUAUCUAUCUUUAGGGUGGCAUACAACAAUCUAUCAGGCAAGACACCAAAAAGGGUCGGACAAUUUGGAACAUUUGAUGAAAGUAGUUAUCAGGGUAAUCCUCUGCUUUGUGGGGAACCAAUGAAAAGUUGCCCAGCAGCAAGUCCACCAACAUUGAUCCAGGAAGGCCUAACCCAGGGUAGAGAAGAUGAUGGUUUCAUCGAUAUGGGUGUCUUUUAUCCAUUUCCCGAUUCUGCUCUUCUUCUUCUCGCUGCAGCCCCCGAAAUUCCCCCUCCAAGCCGCCGGCACCAGCUUUGAAAAAUUGGUAAGGAAGCUUGGUAUUUUCCCCUUCCUUUCUUGUUCUAGAACCUGAUUUGGAACCCAGAAUUCUCCCCCCUUGCUGGAAAUUCCAGAUCUGCCUUGCUCUGCUUGUCUUCACCACCGGCUGCUCCUGCUUUGUGGGUGUGAUUUGCUCUGGUUUUGGAUCCCGCCGGCCUUCCCCAAUCUGCUAGCUCCGGUUCCUUACUUGUAAAUUCUGGUUCCCGAUCGUUCUGUCAGUUAGUACGUGAAUUGAGUGCUCGGUUUUAUGCAAGUGAGGUAAGUAAUUUAUGGUAAUGCCCGUACUGUUUUAAAAGCAUGUUUUGAUUUGU